UGCAGGUGACAUUUUUCUUCUGAGAUGAAUUCAACCUUACUGACACACUGAACUACAAUCACUGGAUUGCUUCUGGACGGACGCUGAAUCGGGACACUUUCAGUCACCAUGCUGGGCAUUCACUUAGAAAAGAAAUGAAUUCUUUAAAUGAAACAUCACCUGAGACUAACCUUGGGGAUUAUGAUUAUAUUUUCGCCGAUGAGACUUAUAAACUCCUGACGUUCACCAUCGGAUCUAUCGGUGUCCUGGGCUUCUGUAAUAAUAUCAUCGUGAUUAUUCUCUACUACAGGUUCAAGAGACUCCGAACACCAACUAAUUUGUUAAUAGUGAAUAUAAGUGUCAGCGAUCUGCUGGUGUCAAUCACCGGAGUUAAUUUCACAUUCGUCUCGUGCGUGAAAAGAAGAUGGAUCUUUAAUUCUGCCACAUGUGUUUGGGAUGGAUUCAGCAACAGUUUAUUCGGGAUCGUGUCCAUCAUGACUCUCUCCGGUCUGGCGUAUGAGCGCUACAUCCGUGUGGUUCAUGCCAAGGUCAUUGACUUCCCCUGGGCUUGGAGGGCCAUCACGCACAUCUGGCUGUACUCUUUGGCCUGGACUGGAGCUCCUCUCCUGGGAUGGAACCGCUACACGCUGGAAGUCCAUCAGUUGGGCUGCUCCCUCGACUGGGCUUCCAAAGAUCCCAAUGAUGCUUCCUUCAUUCUCUUUUUCCUCCUCGGAUGCUUCUUCGUCCCUGUGGGUGUCAUGGCCUACUGUUAUGGAAACAUCUUGUACACUGUGAAAAUG